AAAUGAACUGGGAAGCGAGAAGUGGGCACAGCGGAUGGAAGCGCUUUGUUGUUGUCUGGGGAAAUCUCCCAGCUUUGACCUGCGAGAAAUUCCAAGCCCACUGUUGCUUUCGCGAGGAAUUGUAACCCUAGAUUGCUGAUUCAGGUUAUUCGGAACCUUUUCCCUGAAUCUUUACCGGAAAUCCAUUUAUGGAGGAUUUCAGCGCGGUAGGAUCUCUCGGCCUUCGACGAAUGAAAAUAAGAUUUACUUCCUGUUUCUUGCAUUGACGUACCGCGGAAAUGGAGAGUCGAUCAUACCAUGAUCCACAUUCGAUGAAAGAAUCGGCCGUGCUGGAUGUGAAGCCCUUGCGAAGUUUGGCUCCUAUGUUACCUGCAUCACUUGGGCAGAAGAGCACAUUCUGCCCUUCUAAUGCCCCUCCAUUUGUCUGUGUUACCCCGCUUGGCUCUUUCGCAACUGCUUCUGCUUAUCCUCCAGGUUUUUGCCCUUUUUUCUCCUCCGUAGGUUCUCCUCAAGAUCUUAACCAGAUCCCUGUAGAGCAUCCCAGUUAUCUCAAUGAGGAGAGCGGGUUCCCUCGUGCAUCAGGAGGUACAACUCCUCCAGCCUUUUACAAGGAAGCAGUGAUCAUCGACUCAUCUGGGAAAGCAACCAAACGGUUCUCAAAUUAUAGCACUUUUCCAGCUGAUAGUUCAGCCACUGAGAGUAGUAAGAGAAAGAAAAAUAAAUCUCGACAGUCUCUUGCUGAUUCAACAUUGCUACCUUCAUCACACGAUCCCAGGGAGUCUGUGGAAGUUGUCCUUUCAACGUUUGAUGCACUUCGCAGGAGGCUCAUGCAAAUAGAUGACGCAAAAAAACUGCGUCCAGACUUAAAAGCUGGGUCCAUAAUGAUGUCUAAUGAUCUCAGGGCCAACAAGGAAAAGCGGAUAGGACCGGUGCCUGGUGUGGAGGUUGGAGAUAUUUUUUACUUCAGGAUCGAAAUGUGUUUGGUUGGAUUGCAUAGUCAAAGCAUUUCUGGAAUUGAUUAUAAAACAAUCAGUUUUGUGGAUCAAGAAGAUUCUGUGGCUGUUGGAAUUGUCUCUGCUGGUGUUUAUGGAAAUGAGGAGGAUAGUGAGGAUACUCUGAUUUACACUGGCCAGGGAAGCUCCAACAACGAUGACCAGAAGCUCGAAAGAGGUAAUCUUGCUUUAGAAAAAAGUGUGCGCAGGGCUAACGAUAUUAGGGUCAUCCGCAGUGCAAAAGAUCCUAGCAUUACCAAUGGAAAAAUUUACAUAUAUGAUGGCCUGUACAAGAUCCAUGAAUCAUGGGUGGAAAAGGGAAAGACAGGUUUUAAUACUUUCAAGUACAAAUUUCAUCGACAACCAGGGCAGCCUGAUGGGAUUGCAGUGUGGAAAAGAAUUGAGAAGUGGAAGGAAAAUCCAUCAUUACGAGGAAAUAUGGUACUAUCUCAUGACUUGUCUUCUGGUAUAGAAAAUAAACCUGUUUGCCUCGUCAAUGAAGUAGAUUAUGAGAAAGGACCUACCUAUUUCACCUAUUCCAAUACUGUCGGUUAUCCAAGAUCUAUCUCCUCAGUAAAACCUUUGCAAUCUUGCAUGUGCCCUAGUGCUUGCUUGCCUGGUGAUGCUAAUUGCUCUUGUCUACGACAAAAUGGUGGUUUCCUACCUUACAGUUCUAAUGGGAUCCUUGUCAGCCGUAAACCUCUUGUUUAUGAAUGUCCUGCUACUUGCCAGUGUUUAAUAAAUUGUCGCAACCGAGUUACGCAGGUUGGUCUUCAUCUCCACUUUGAAGUAUUUAAGACAAGAGACCGUGGAUGGGGUCUCCGAAGUUGGGAUGCUAUUCGUGCUGGGACUUUCAUCUGUGAGUACACAGGGGAGAUCAUUGAUGGCAUACGGUCCAUUAACUUUGAUGAAGAGACUGACUAUGUUUUCCAGCCAAUGUAUUCCGACCCAGAUUUUAAGUGGAAUUAUGUGCCUGAAUUAUUGGAAGAGACUGGCAAUGUUGACCUGAGUGAAACGCCAAAACUAUUAUCUUUUGUCAUUAAUUCUAAGAAUAAUGGCAACAUUGCUCGUUUUAUGAACCACAGUUGCUCUCCUAAUGUCUUUUGGCAGCCAGUUCUACAUGACCAUGGUGACGAUCGAUAUCCACAUAUCAUGUUCUUUGCCAUUAAGCACAUUCCUCCUAUGACAGAGUUAACUUUUGAUUAUGGUCGGCGUCCAGCUGAGAUGGGAAACCAUAUGAAUCCUCAAAGAGAGAAAAAGUGUUUAUGUGACUCAGUUAAGUGCAGAGGAUUUUUUAUCUGAACCUGUCAAAUGAGGCCUGUUCUAUUCUGAUUCGAUCAAAGACAUGUUGCUCUGCCUGAUAGGCCUAAACGGAGCGGGAACAGGAUUACAAAACAACUUGCAAACGAGGGAGGGAUGGGACAGAUAUGAGAUUUAAUUCUUCUUGCCACUUUCCAUCUUAAUAUGAAGGUUGUAUAAUAUUGUAUCGUCUCAUUCUGAAUUUAUCCCGCGAGAAGUGGAGCGGAACAAGAUGAAAAAGAAUCUAUCCCGAUCUAUUCGUCUACCCCCCUGCUCUAUUGUGUAUCCAGGAGCUGUUUAUGAACUUGGAAAUGUAAUAAGAUAAAAUUCAUGUGAUAUGCCAGCUUCUUGUUUUCCUUCAUUACUUAAAAGUUAAUAUUUCAUGCUUAA